CUGCCACAAACCGGAAACACCGAAAUUAUGGGAAGACGUCUCGAAAAAUGGUCCCUGAUACUGGUUCCGAUUGUCCUGCACGCCUGUUCCAUCAGCGUGGUAGAUGUAGUCACGAGCUACGGCGAAACACCAAAAUCGGCUUCGAUAAUAUCAGUUGACGGAACCUCAUCCGAAGCAAUGCUACCGGAUGUGGCCUCAUUGAUGUUUGUUACGGCAAGCAGCCUCCUGACGGGACAUUGGCUUCGCGCAAAUCUGCUUCGUCGUCGCGUGGACUCUGAUCCGAUGAAAUUCUCGCUUUCCGUUGCCAUCGCUAUUUUUCUCAAUGUCGUGUUCUGCGAUCUGCAGCUUAGGUUGGUAUGGAUACCGGUGCAGUAUUUUCUCCGAUUCCUGAGGGACCGUGACGUUUUUGUCAAUAUGUUGAAUGUAGGUUUCUUCUAUCUUCGCUUUUUAAAAUCAACCAGAAACAUUCUGGAGCAAAUCAUCAAAGUGUCAAAAUCGGAACAAGGGUUUAUUUGGAUAAGAAAUUCGGCAGCGUUUUGUUACCUCUUAGGAGUCGCUUAUUACCAUAAAUAUGUUUCGUAUCUUGUAGACAAAAUUUGUUCAAUCCGAAAUGGCCGAAGGUAA